GGGUCGAGGCGCCGCGCCGGGCGGGCGGGGCCGCGGGACUUCGGAUUUUGGCCUUGGUAUCGUCAGUCAUCACUCGGGUUUGCCUAGCCCGAAACUGGUUACUCUCGGCCAUGACCCGCCCCGAGUGCCUUUUGACGCUGCUGCUGCCAGCGCUGUGCGCCCUGACCAGCGCGCAGAUGGACAACCGACAACGUCAAGAGAUGCUGGCGAGGGAUAGGAUGCAGUAGCAGCUGCACCGCGUGCUACCCGACCACCAACAGCCGAAGUUUGACUCUGACGACGGAGGCGACCACUACCCGGCCCGCACCAGCGACCACUACUGCAGGCUGUACGGAGGGCAUUCGCUGUGUCGGGUGCCGCACACCCGGCAGAGCUGUGGCUUCGUGCGCCGCCGCCGGCUCUCUGUGGAUGAGAGCGCCGCCAUGUUACACAGGCACAACAUGGAGCGCAUGCUGGUGGCCCAGGGCCGGCGGCGCGGUCGGAACGGACAGACCCUGCCCAAGGCCGCCAACAUGAUGCAAAUGAGCUACGACGUGGAGGUGCAUGACGUGGCCCAGGGCGCUGCCGACCGCUGCUUGGGUGAACACGACUGCAGUCCAUGCCGCAAAGUCGAAAGAGGAGAUCUCGGGCAAAACUUUGCCGGGCACUCGGUGUUUAUAAGCCCUUCCUCGCGAGAGGGCCUGCUCAAGAUCGAACUGCCCCCAUUGGACCAGACAGGCGGCUGGUUCAUGCAGGCCGAUCGUCUCAGCCCUUCAGAAGUCCACAGGUUCCAGGGAGGCCACGGCGCUGGCCACUACACCCAGGUGCUCUGGGCCACCUCGGAGCGGCUCGGCUGCGGCUGGAUAGAGCACGAGGAAAGGGGAGGUCUCUCGGUCAAGCUGUUUUGCAACUACGGGCCUAUCGGCAACAUUAUUGACCUCCCCGUGUAUGUGGCUGGUGAGCCGUGCUCCGCCUGCCCGCGUGGAACAACGUGCUCGAGAGAGUACCCGGGUCUGUGCAAGCGGCUGUGAGCCGCCGAGCACGACUCGCCAGCAGCUGUCUUCUUUUUUAUAUUCGUUGCGUUUCGUUACUUGUAGGUACUGUUUAAAUAUGCCCUAAAAAUUGUUUCCUGAACAAAAUAAAAUAUUGUUUGUA